AGUAUACUACGGAAGAUUGAUUUCAUUGUAAAUAUGAGAAGAGGUGGAAAUAAAAAUUCUUAAAGUAAAGUUAAAGAAGUUGGUGGCGCGUCGACUGAACAACGGGAAUGAUUAAUAUAAUAUAAAUGAAAGGUAACAACCGCUGGCUGCUAGUUUUAGUUUAUAUCAGUCUGUUCUGUUUCCUUUUAUUCAGUUUUACGUCUGAGUAUACACGUUGCAGUCGAUAAUACAUGUCUUGUACAGUACACUCUACUGCUGGUGCAAUUCAAGUACUCAGUGCUUGUGCUAUGUGCUAGCUAUUUCAGACUGUCUUGUGCGGAGUUGCGCGACGGAUCUUGUUGUGUUUACUUGUAAUUUAUACUAAUUGAUAUUUUAUUUUAAAAAGUACAACAAUAAAUAAAAAAAAAUUUUUAAUCAUUUGUAUUUACUUCAAUUGUCAGGUAAUAAUAUCGGAUCGGUGGUGUUCACCCUCGUGAUGCGCCGCCGCUAAACACUCACCCCGUCCUCGGAUUUUCCACGGAUUUUCCCGAGGCCAAGUGACAACGUCGGCACCAGUUAACGCUUGACUAUUGAUUUUGAUAAGUUUUAGUGGAUAAAAACGACAUUUAAUUUUUAUUAAAUUAGUGUUGCUUUUCUUUAUAAGUGUUUGGUUUACUUAAAGCCAUCCAUAUUUUUUGACUUAUCGAUUAUUAUUUAUUAAGCACACAUGGAAAAAAUAGACAGCGAUAUGAGAGAUACCAGUGAGUUAAAACCACCUUCCAUUGAUACUGAUAUCCUCAACCCUUUUGUUCAUCGACUAGAACUCGAUACAACUUAUGAAAAACUCAAGACAGCUUUCCUAACGGUGGCUUUGCUGCCUUUACGACUGGCAGCGAUCACAGCAUUAGUGAUUAUCGGAUGGCUACUAGCUUGUUUAGGACUUCAUGGAUUGUCUGAAGAUGAUUUACGGCGAGCACCUCUUACUGGUUGGAGACGAAAAAUAGUGCCAUGGCUAUGUUUUCUUGGCCGUUUAACAUAUACAGCAGCAGGAAUGAAAAUAGUGGUCCGGGGAAGACAAGCCUCAAGAUCAGAAGCUCCGAUAUUGGUGGUGGCGCCACACUCAACUUUCAUUGACGGAGGUAUUGUUUACAUCCUGGGAUUCCCGUCAACAAUCGUCAGAAGAGAGUCUGGUCUUAAUCCAUUUACCGGAAAAUUGAUAAACUAUACGCAGCCAGUCUAUGUGUGGAGAGAUGACCCCAACUCCAGACAGAACACGAUUAAGGAAAUAAUUGAGCGUGCCACUUCAAAAGAAGACUGGCCUCAGAUAAUGAUUUUUCCGGAAGGAACUUGCACUAAUCGAUCCUGUUUAAUAACUUUUAAAUGUGGAGCAUUUUACCCCGGUGUCCCAGUCCAGCCUGUGUGUAUUCGUUAUCCCAAUAAAUUAGAUACCGUUACUUGGACUUGGGAAGGUCCCGGAGCGCUUAAAUUGUUGUGGCUUACAUUGACCCAAUUGAACAGCAGUUGUGAAAUCGAAUUUUUACCGGUCUACAGGCCGAGUGAAGCUGAAAAGACAGACCCUAAAUUAUAUGCUAAUAAUGUCCGUCGAUUAAUGGCAGAAGCUCUCGAAAUUCCUGUCUCGGAUUACACAUACGAUGAUUGUCGCAUAAUUAACAAAGCACACAUGCUACACUUACCCCACGCAGCGGGAAUUGUGGAAGCCCACAAGCUGCGCUGCAAACUCGGUCUACAAAAAGUUAAAGUAGAAGAAGAAUUAGUACAAAAAAGACUGGUAAACAUUGAAGAAACAGUUAACUUUAAUGAAUUCGCCAGGAUACUUAGAUUAGAUGCCAAAGAUCCUUCAGUCCAGCAGCUGUUCAGGAUCCACGAUCGUGCUAAUAAAGGAACAAUAGAUAUUGAAGAGUACAUGUUUACAGUUCUCGCAAUAGCUAACGCAAAUUCCGUCCUAGAUCUCGUUGAUAUUGCAUUUGAUGUCUGCGACGCCAAUGGUACUAAAUGCCUCGAUAAUAAAAAAUUACGAAAGGCCUUGAAACUUUCUCUUCAGCUGGAACCAGAAGAAAGUGAAAGAAUUUUUUCACAAGCCAGUCACGAUGUCAGUGGAGGCGAAGCUGUAUCUUUCGAGGAUGUUAUAACAGUAUUGGGAACAAGGACAGAAUUCAGUCAUAUCUUCGCAGAUGACAGUGAAGGCCGUCGGAAGAAAACCAUUUGAGAAUGUCUCUUCGGCUCGUCGCCUAGUCCUCAAAUUAGGAAAAGCCGGGACUCAGACAAGCCGCUUCUGAUGGGUGUAUGCUCGAAUUCCGUAUAAAUAAUUAAAUAAUAAAAUAGAAAAAAAAACCUAAUAAGAACAACCAAUUUAAAUAAAAAUAACUUACUCUGAAGAUUCUGAAUAAUUAAGCUCUUCCUAAUAAAUAAAUAAUUAAAUAAAUGAAUUAAUUAAUUAAUAAUUUUUUUUGCUCGUUAUUAUCAAGUCAUGUAAAUAGGAGAUAAUGAGAGUAUUGGUAGGACGAAGAGUAAUUUUCAGCAUUAUUAACUUAUUAAAUACUAGACUAGGAUACUCGAUCAUGCAAAUAUUAGAUUUAUUUAAGUAGAUUACUCAGGGUUAGUGAUCACAUUCUAAACGCUUGAUAACAUCGACAGAUUAAAUAGCAAUAUUAUUCAAUAUUAUAAAUCUUUUUUUUAAUUCAGAUUUUAGCAUUAUAGAGAGAUAUAUAUUUCAUGUUAUUUAAAGUUCAUAUAUUGCUCAAUAAUUCAUUUAAUAUUGUUAUUUAUUUAUUAUCAUUAAACCUUUAUUCAGAGAUCGUUAAGCAAAUGAAUUUGAUAUGUUAAUAGACAAUUUAGUACAUCGCGAGCCGUCGUAUCAUCUAACGUUCUCUAAGCGUAACUUAAAUUUAUUUGUAUACUUGAAUACACAUAGUUAUGUAAAUGUAUAUAUAGAAAUUAAAUAAAUAUAUUAUUCUUACAUUU